CGUCCACCUCUCACGCCAUGGCGCCUACGGCGUCAUGGACUCCCUCGAAGGCCCACGUCUUCGAUGUUGUUGUCCCUACGGGGAAUGGUCCCGAGACCGUCGUCGACGCGACGGCCUCAAUAGUUGGCCUCUCUGAGGUCUACUGCGUUCAGCACAUGGGAGGCCUCAACUUCCAAGUCACCGUCAAGAGCAUGGCUUCCAUGACUCUAAUCGUCGAUGCUGGCUGCCUCGUCAUCGGUGGCGAGCGUUGUCCCGUCGUUCCCGUUGGCCCGCAGGUAACCAACGUAACCUGCCUCUUUUUGCCGUCCUUCGUUCCGAACGAAGUCCUCGUCGAGGCACUAUCACCAUACGGCAAGGUUCUGUCUGUCAAUGCCGGUCUCAUGAGCGGACGACGUGGCGUGCUCACGGGCACACGUUUCGUGCGUAUGGAGAUGAGUGCCACAACCCCGGUCCCGAAUUAUCUGCGAGUCUCUGGUCAUCGUGUGACAUUUGACUACCGCGGCUUGCAACGCGUGUGUCGUCGGUGCGGUUCCAGCGACCACUAUCGUGCACAGUGCACCGCAGCGUUCUGUGGCCGUUGUGGCGUCCAUGGCCACGAAAGCGACGGGUGUGACCGUCCUUGUCGGCGUUGCGGGGAUAGUCACCCCACGGUCGCGUGCCCUGUGCGGCGUUCAUACUCAGACGCUGCUACUGGAGCCUUUCCACCCUUACCGCCGGCGUCAGCUGCGGUUGCGACUGCGCGUGAGGCCAUAACCAAAAAAAUUGCACUGACACCGCAAGAACUAGCGUCAAGAAAUGAAAAAGAAGAGGCAUGCAGCUCGAGAAGUCCCAGCGCGUCAUGUUCGCCGGCCUCCUCUACUGAAAAAGAAGACCGUGACGUGGCGGAUCGCAACACGCCAUGUUCGCUGGCCUCCCAAGCAGCGAAGGACACGCGUGCUGUGGCCGAAAGCGCCUCCACUUCUGCUGCUACCAUCACUUCUCCUGAUCCCAGCAAAGUUUUGAACGCGGAUAAAGCGCCUGACCCUGCGAUCGCUGUAGUCGAUGUACCCACGAAGUCUGCUGCAGCUUCAUCCGCCUCAGUUGCAUCUCCUACAGCGGCGUUGCCAUUGCAUCUGGGUGGGCCCCCGGCUGCCGAGGUUGUCGGCGUCGAUGAAAUCAAUCCCGCCGUCCUACCGCUACCGACAUCAUCCUCAUCAGAAAACAGCUUCAGCCUCGGAGUUGAUAGCAGCGUUGGACUGUCGCCAAGCCUGGAUGAACUCGACAUAGAAAUGGCGGCCCCACGAGACGUAAAGCGCGCUCAUGCGUCAGCCUCUGGCUCGGACGGCGGCCCCGAUCGCCGUGCCGAGUUACAGCGGCCCAAAAAACCUCGGCCUUCUUCGAGAGGGUCGAAGAAGUGACGCGUGGACUGCUUAACCCCUGGACUUGUUCCCGGGGCGCCGACUUGAACAACACGACCAGGUCAGUUUGGUGAUACAUCUAAAUAAUUAUGGCUGACAUCUUGAAGAUUAUUUCAUUAAAUGCACAAGGGUUCUGAAGUCCUGUAAAACAAGCCGAAAUUAUCAGCGUGGCCCACGCAAAACAGUGUGACAUACUGUGUUUACAAGAAACAAAUUUUUUCACCAUUGGACAUGUCCUUACUUUCAAACGCACUUUUAACCUAGACUGUUUCUUCUCCUUCGCUACAUCACGAUCUAGCGGAGUUGGUAUUAUUAUUCUCAACAGAGCUCUCUUGCGAGAUCAUCAUGUCUUUUAUGAUGGGACUGGGCGAAUAUUGGCAUUUGAUUGUGUACUAUCCUCAUUUAGGUUACGGAUUUUGUGCAUAUAUGGACCCGCGCAGGCCAUUAAGUCCAAUGAUUUCUUCCGUGACCUGGACGUGUAUUUCCUUGACGGCCGUCACGUGGUGCUCGUUGGGGAUUUUAACUGCGUCUUAGACACGCGAGCAGAUGUGCAGGGCCCGGGCUGGGGUCGCCCUGAUUGGAACGCACGGGAGUUGCGUCGCCUCGUCCAGCAUUUUUCGUUGCUAGAUACAUAUCAACUUUUUCAUGGUUCUUUAUUUGCCUGGACCUGGCGACGCGGUGCGUCGUCAAGCAGGUUAGACCGUGCCUAUGUGCCAAGCAGUUUAGCUCAGUAUGUCACCCAGUCUGAUGUGAUAACGUUACCUUCAUCCCCUGUUUACAUUUCCGAUCACAAACCAGUAAUACUUGAAAUUCGCUUCCCUGCUUCCUCAUCAGUAAAACCCUGGCGUCUAGACAUGCGCGUUCUACAUGACGCGCGCUCGCGCUCUUGUUUGUCACGAGUUUAGGGCGCCUCUGUUUCUAGAUCUGACCGAGAGUCAUGGGAUGCGCUCAAGGUGCAGUGGCGUCUACACUGUUCAGUUGAAGGACGUGCACCCAGACGACGUAUGUCAGAGGAACUGGCGGAUACUGCCACGAAGCUCCGCAUCGCCCUUCGGGUCAAUCAACUGACUCCGUUGAUGCGGUCCUGGCAGCGUGAGCUACGGAGGCGUUUCCAACGCCUCAUCGCGGCGUCGUCUUUGUCAGCUGCUGCUUGGCGAUGCAGACGUAAUCCGUGUGCGCACCCCGAAGUUCUGCGCUUUUCAAGAAACUCGCUUUUUAGACAACCGAAUGCAUUCGGUUCUGCGGCCCCAAGAGCACUUCCUGUUACACCACCUCCCACACGUGAUUAUUCGCUAUUUGUAACGCAUUUUGAAAACAUGGCGCGUACGACCAUGCAAAUAGAUUCUGGCUCUCAAGGACUUCACACUUUGCUUAGUGGGCUGCCUCAGGUUCCACCUGAGGUAGCUAACCGUCUUUGUGCACGACCAUCAGCCGAGGAAGUGAAAGCAGCAUUAUCUUCUAUGAAGCGUGGCUCGGCCCCAGGGCCGGACGGAUUACCCGUGGAGUUUUAUCUAACGUUCUGGGAAGAUAUUGGUGCCACUUUCGUAUCGGUUAUCAGCCAAUGCUUUGAGAACUUUGAUUUCCCGUUUAGUUUUCGGGACGGUCGUAUUGUGCUGAUACCUAAGCACGAUCCGUCAUCAGUUCGUCCAGAGGAAUGGAGGCCAAUCACGCUUCUCAACGUUGACUACAAAACCUUCACAGCUGUUCUCACCCGUCGCUUGAGAAGCCUGAUGCCUUCCCUAAUAGGACACCAUCAGGCAUGCUCAGUCCCUGGCAGAGAGAUACACAGUCUUUCGUUCGUUACUCGUGACAUAAUGACAUACACGCUGACCAGGUCGGCACGUGGUCUCUUAGUUUCACUGGAUCAAGAAAAGGCAUUCGAUCGCCUUGAACAUAACUACAUUUUUAAUGUACUGACCUCGUUCGGCUUCUCGUCAAAUUUUGUUGAACUUAUUAGGAAUACCUAUUCAAAUAUCCGAAGUACAUUGUUCCUUGAUGGUCGAGAAAGUGCACCGUUUCCCGUUACUCGUGGCGUUCGCCAAGGGUGCCCUCUAUCCCCAGUACUUUUUGUGCUCAGCCUUGAACCAUUUCUGCGCUCAAUAGUGAGAGACCCUUACGUAUGCGGUCUCCCACUGCCUGGUAGCGGUGUUGUGAAGGUGACAGCCUUCGCCGAUGACAUCACAUUAUAUCUCAGGAAUGAAGAUAGCUUAACCCGUAGCCUUCGAAUUUUCACUGAGUACGGAAAUAUUUCAGGUGCUGCGCUAAAUUUUUCAAAAUGUCGUUAUUUGUUCAUUGGUUCACCACAGACACGCCUAAGUCCCCUUUUCCGUCUUCAAAAGAGCAAUUCUCUUCGCAUUUUAGGCCUUGACUACACCUCUAAUGGCAUAUCAGACUCUGUGUGGCUGUCAAUUCAUGAAGAUGUAAGGCGAAAUAUUGAAGAUGUUCAAGGUUACGAUUUACCCCUAUCAGAAAGAAGGUACUUAGCGCAGUCUGUAUUUUGCGGCCGAGUGUGGUACGUUUGUCACGUCGUACAGCCACCAUUACGGGUUACUAGGUCCUUGCAGUCCCUUCUUGGUGCCUUCUUCUGGUCGGGCCGUACAAAACUACUCUGUCGUGCGGCGCUUGGGCAACCACGCUCUCGCGGUGGGUUCGCCUUCCCAUCCGUGUCUGUCCGCUGCCGGCUGCUUGCUCUGCGAUUUCUGCUCCGUCUAUUACAGCAUGAUCAGUGUCCAGCGCGUGAACUCGCUUGCUAUUUCCUUGGCACGAAAAUUCGCUACAUGUUACCGGGCGUACACUUAAAUCGCGGCCCACAAGUGUUAAACGCACCUGCAUUUUACUGUACGUCCGUGGCAUUUUAUCGCCACAUACAACAGGUAUGUCCUGAUGUAGACGUUCUCCAAAACCGCGUAGUAGAUACUAUGUCAGCCUUACUGCUUCCUCUAGUUCCCCCAGCGCGCCUCGCACGUUCCAAUAAUGUGUCGUGGGAUGCGAUAACGGCGUCAUUUUUGCCUGGCCACCUACGCGACUUCAUGUGGCGUCUAGGGUGGCAAGUGCUUCCAACUCGGGACAGGCUUGAGCGGUGGGGCGUUGUCCCAUCUUCGCAGUGUCCCAAUUGCCCCCUUCAAGAAUCCAAUAAACAUGUACUGCUGCAAUGCGUCGUUGCCAGGAUAUUUUGGAGGGCCGUGCAUACUGGAUUUCGUGGCCUUGGAGUUAACCGCUUUAUUACAUCUGGUCGCUGCUCACGUGGCCGCUUCGCGCAACUUUUAAUUGCUGCGGGGGCCUUCUGUCUAUGGCGUAACCGGUGCGAGGCAGUUGCCAUGGGACGUCGUCACCGGGCUCUGUUUCCACUUAUGGGGAGGCUCUACUCUGAGCUACUGUCGUUUCUGUCGGAAGAGUUGUUCUUCCUUGGAGAAGAAGAGUUCCUUCGACAGUGGUCAUGUCGUUUCCUGUCGGUGGCUGAUGGACGCGUAUGGCUGAAUUCUCGUCCAGCCUGGUUCUUGUAGCCAGCCCAUCAGAAUUAUUCAUUUAAUGCACAUAGAAUGCAGGUGCCCGUGAUUUCUUUGUGUGUGUCCUCUCGUAUACAUGAUCAUUUUUGUAUAUACACAUCUCGUGCACAUCACUUCAAAAUUGUGUAAAGUGUUCUAUCACAUCAUUGUAUAUAACCAUUGUGUACACUGUAUAUACUGAAAAUCAUUUUGUACAUGUGGCAUUUAGUUUAUGUGUAACUGUGCCUUUCCGUGGGUGUAUACGUGUUUAUAUGUUGGUGCGUGAUGACUCGGACACUACUUACGUUGACAACGCGAUGUGUUUCGUUUCUUACAUGUUAUCGUCCGGGUGGAAUUGUGCCGUGAUUAUGACUCAGUAUUCGUAUCGUCUCUUGUCGAAAUAAACUUUUUCUAAACACAGAAGAAGAAGAAGUGUCUACCGACGCCCCUGCGUGUUCCACGUCGGGGACGUCCACCUCUCACGCCAUGGCGCCUACAGCGUCAUGGACUCCCUCGAAGGCCCACGUCUUCGAUGUUGUUGUCCCUACGGGGAAUGGUCCCGAGACCGUCGUCGACGCGACGGCCUCAAUAGUUGGCCUCUCUGAGGUCUACUGCGUUCAGCACAUGGGAGGCCUGAACUUCCAAGUCACUGUCAAGAGCACGGCUUCCAUGACUCUAAUCGUCGAUGCUGGCUGCCUCGUCAUCGGUGGCGAGCGUUGUCCCGUCGUUCCCGUUGGCCCGCAGGUAACCAACGUAACCUGCCUCUUUUUGCCGUCCUUCGUUCCGAACGAAGUCCUCGUCCAGGCACUAUCACCAUACGGCAAGGUUCUGUCUGUCAGCGCUGGUCUCAUGAGCGGACGACGUGGCGUGCUCACGGGCACACGUUUCGUGCGUAUGGAGAUGAGUGCCACAACCCCGGUCCCAAAUUAUCUGCGAGUCUCUGGUCAUCGUGUGACAUUUGACUACCGCGGCUUGCAACGCGUGUGUCGUCGGUGCGGUUCCAGCGACCACUAUCGUGCACAGUGCACCGCAGCGUUCUGUGGCCGUUGUGGCGUCCAUGGCCACGAAAGCGACGGGUGUGACCGUCCUUGUCGGCGUUGCGGGGAUAGUCACCCCACGGUCGCGUGCCCUGUGCGGCGUUCAUACUCAGACGCUGCUACUGGAGCCUUUCCACCCUUACCGCCGGCGUCAGCUGCGGUUGCGACUGCGCGUGAGGCCAUAACCAAAAAAAUUGCACUGACACCGCAAGAACUAGCGUCAAGAAAUGAAAAAGAAGAGGCAUGCAGCUCGAGAAGUCCCAGCGCGUCAUGUUCGCCGGCCUCCUCUACUGAAAAAGAAGACCGUGACGUGGCGGAUCGCAACACGCCAUGUUCGCUGGCCUCCCAAGCAGCGAAGGACACGCGUGCUGUGGCCGAAAGCGCCUCCACUUCUGCUGCUACCAUCACUUCUCCUGAUCCCAGCAAAGUUUUGAACGCGGAUAAAGCGCCUGACCCUGCGAUCGCUGUAGUCGAUGUACCCACGAAGUCUGCUGCAGCUUCAUCCGCCUCAGUUGCAUCUCCUACAGCGGCGUUGCCAUUGCAUCUGGGUGGGCCCCCGGCUGCCGAGGUUGUCGGCGUCGAUGAAAUCAAUCCCGCCGUCCUACCGCUACCGACAUCAUCCUCAUCAGAAAACAGCUUCAGCCUCGGAGUUGAUAGCAGCGUUGGACUGUCGCCAAGCCUGGAUGAACUCGACAUAGAAAUGGCGGCCCCACGAGACGUAAAGCGCGCUCAUGCGUCAGCCUCUGGCUCGGACGGCGGCCCCGAUCGCCGUGCCGAGUUACAGAGGCCCAAGAAACCUCGGCCUUCUUCGAGAGGGUCGAAGAAGUGACGCGUGGACUGCUUAACCCCUGGACUUGUUCCCGGGGCGCCGACUUGAACAACACGACCAGGUCAGUUUGGUGAUACAUCUAAUUAAUUAUGGCUGACAUCUUGAAGAUUAUUUCAUUAAAUGCACAAGGGUUCUGAAGUCCUGUAAAACAAGCCGAAAUUAUCAGCGUGGCCCGCGCAGAACAGUGUGACAUACUGUGUUUACAAGAAACAAAUUUUUUCACCAUUGGACAUGUCCUUACUUUCAAACGCACUUUUAACCUAGACUGUUUCUUCUCCUUCGCUACAUCACGAUCUAGCGGAGUUGGUUUUAUUAUUUUCAACAGAGCUCUCUUGCGAGAUCA